GCCAGGCCAAGGGGCAGAGGGCACAAAGUGGCAGGCAGGAGGUUGCCUCUGAAGCUGAGGAGAAAGUUGUUUGGGGUGAGGGUGCUGGAGGCCUGGAGCAGGCUGCCCAGAGAGGUUGUGGAGUGUCCUUGUGUGGAGAGCUUGCAACCCCCCCUGGGCACUGUGCUGCUGGGCAAGCUGCUGUGGGUGCCCUGCUGGGGCAGGGGGCUGGGGCUGGGUGGUCUCCAGAGCUCCCUCCCAACCCCACCACGCUGGGAUUCAGGGAUGUGUUUCGCAUCCGAUUGGCUUGGGCUGGAGCAGAGCCAGUGACGUGCAGCAGGGCCGGCAGCCAAGGAGGCAGGGCCAGCAAUGAGCCUCAGCUCUCUCCUCCCAGGAUGAACAGGCUGGGACAAGUGGGCUGUGACUGGCACUGGGUGGCUGCCUGCACUCCACCAGCUCUGCAGCUCAGCAGGGGCCUGGCUAAACCCUCUGAGGUCUUCUGCUCAGGGAGAAAGUCCUCAUUCCCUGGGUGAGGAACCAGCCCCUGGGGCACGGCAGUGGAAGCAGCCUCACCUCCCUCCCCUGGGACCAUGGAAACCAGCAGCCUCUUCCCACAGCCCUUGAGCAGUGGGGCCAUGAGAGCUCCUGAGCAUGAGAACAGUGCUGGUGGUGGGAAGGAGAGCAUGGACAGUGAGGAUGCCAAGAGGAACCCCUAUGCUGGGCUGGUGAGCCACCUGAGGACCAGCUGGCUCUCAAGGAAGUCCUGGCCCAUGGAGUAUCGUGUGGCCCAGCUGGAGGCCCUGGGACGCUUCCUGGAGGAGAAGGAGGAGGACAUCCUGGAGGCUGCCACAUUGGACAUGGGCAAGCCACACGUUGAAACGCAGCUCUCCGAGAUCUUCGUUUGCAGGAGCGAGCUCAACCACACUCUCAACAACCUCAGCACCUGGAUGAAGGAUGAGCACGUGGAGAAGAAAUGGGCGAUGCAGCUGGACUCAGCCUUCAUCCGCAAGGAGCCCUACGGGGUGGUGCUCAUCAUUGCGCCCUGGAACUACCCCAUCAACCUCCUCCUGGUGCCCCUCAUUGGGGCCAUCGCUGCUGGGAACUGCGUCGUUGUGAAACCCUCUGAAGUGAGCAAGAACACGGAGAGGCUGAUAGCUGAGAUGCUGCCAAAGUACCUGGACAAGGACUGCUUUGCUGUGGUGACUGCUGGCGUGGAGGGGACCACCAGGCUGCUGGAGAACAAAUUUGACUACAUCUUCUACACUGGCAGCCCCGCGGUGGGCAGGGUGGUGAUGAGCGCCGCUGCCCGGCACCUGACGCCGGUGACGCUGGAGCUGGGGGGCAAGAACCCCUGCUACGUGUCCGACAGCUGCCACGUGCAGAACGCCGCUCGGCGCCUGGCCUGGGGGCGCUUCUUCAACGCCGGCCAGACCUGCAUCGCGCCGGACUACGUCCUCUGCAGCCUGGAGAUGCAGGAGAAGCUUCUGCCCGCCCUGCAGGAGGCCAUCGCCGAGUUUUAUGGCCCCAACCCUCGGGAGUCCUCCAGCUUUGCCCGGAUCAUCGGGGACCGACACUUCCAGCGGGUGAGCGCCCUGCUGAGCGGCGGCCGCGUGGCCAUCGGGGGACAGACGGAUGCGGGGACGCGCUACAUCGCCCCCACAGUGCUGGUGGACGUGCAGCAGGAUGACCCUGUGAUGCAGGAGGAGAUCUUUGGGCCCGUCCUGCCCAUCUUCACGGUGAAGAGCAUGGACGACGCCAUCGCCUUCAUCAACGCCCGGGAGCGGCCCUUGGCCAUCUAUGUCUUCUCCUCCAGCAAGCAGGUGGUGAAGAAGGUGCUGGAGAGGACAAGCAGCGGUGGCUUCUGCAGCAAUGACACCAUCAUGCACUUCACCCUGACCUCACUGCCCUUUGGUGGCAUUGGGCAGAGCGGCAUGGGGCGCUGUCACGGCCGCUUCACCUUCGACACUUUCUCGCAUUCACGAGCCACACUGCUGCGUGGGAACGGCUGGGAAGCCUUCAACAAACCCCGCUACCCGCCCUACGAAGAGCGACGCCUGCCGCUGCUGCGCUCCGCCACCCAGGUCAAGCGAGACGAAGGCUGCGCCAUCCUCUGAGCGCCCACCUCCCGCACAAU